AAUAAAAAGAAAAACUUGCAGCCUGACUACACCAUCGGCUGAACCGCGCGUGACGGGUAGCGACCGACGCACAGGCACAGCCAAAAGUUGCAAGCGAGCAAAAACGAACUCCACUUCGACGGCCGACUACCGCUGACCGCCGCCUUGAUCUGCUUCCGGCGCCACUACGCCGGCCAUGGGCUGCUCGUCGUCUCUGCCAGCAAACAGUACUGGAGGCUUGGGCAAUAUCAACAACGAGAACUCUGCAACUGACUCAAAGAAUUUGAAAGUGAAGUUGGUUUUACUGGGGGAUUCUGGUGUUGGGAAAAGCUGCAUUGUUCUUCGCUUUGUCCGUGGUCAGUUUGAUCCCACAUCAAAGGUAACUAUUGGUGCAUCAUUUCUGUCACAAACAUUGGCAUUGGAGGACUCCACAACAGUGAAGUUUGAAAUAUGGGACACUGCUGGCCAGGAGAGGUAUGCUGCAUUAGCACCUCUGUACUACAGGGGAGCUGGUGCUGCAAUCGUUGUCUAUGACAUAACAAGUGCAGAAUCAUUCAACAAAGCACAAUAUUGGGUGAAGGAACUUCAGAGACACGGUAGCCAGGAUAUGAUCAUGGCUUUGGUUGGAAAUAAGGCUGACCUACAUGAAAAACGCACUGUGUCUUCUCAGGAAGCACAGGAGCACGCGGACAUGAACAAUAUGUUUUUCGUCGAGACAUCGGCGAAAACGGCUGAUAAUAUAAACCAACUAUUCGAGGAAAUUGCCAAGAGGCUGCCGAGGCCUACACCGCUGUCCUGAUUAACAUCGGUCUGUGUGGUAAACAGCCUGGGUGAUUGUGUAAUGCACAAUAUGAGUAGAAACGCCUGGACGAACAUUUGUGGCUGUUUCAACAUGGCAGGUCAAGCCAUCUGUAUCCCUGCGAUCAUUGUUUUUGGAAACGUAGCUCAUGUAAAGCUUGUCCAUUGCGCUAACCGUGCCGAAACGGUGGAGGUGAUCUGCUCCCAGCACAGGUAAGUUAAAUGAAGCUUAGGGCCGUGCUCUAACGCAUGAAUGUUCAGUACUACUCCCUCCGUUCCGAAUUACUCGUCUAAAAAAUGAAUGUAUCUAGAUGUAUUUUAGUUGUAGAUACAUCCAUUUUUGUGACAAGUAAUUCCGAACGGAGGGAGUACUAAGUAAGUACCAUAAUAUGGUUGAGACUGAAACAUCUUAUCAAUGUAGUGUAUUGUUUUUAGGUUCGGUUUGACUCGCCUGUUGAGCCGCCAUUGACUGUAGUGUACUGGAAUGGUUCA